GAGACUCGCUUCUCUACACAGUACAGUGGGGUCGGCAGGUAGGCUACUGUUGAGUGUGUGUGUGUGUGUGUGUAUGAGAGAGAGAGAGAGAGAGAGAGAGAGAAAGAGAGGCGGCUGAGUCGUUUCUGUGAGCGCGUGGACUGCACCAUAGCAUUCCGUACCCAGGAUACUGUCACCAGCCAUGCCUUUACCCAGUAAGGUGCACUUAUGUUAUUUGAUCUCUGGUAUACCGAUGCAACAUUUCUGAUUUGCGACACCCGAUUUUCAUGCUCUAUCAAGUCCUUGUUUGAAGGAUUUGAAGACAUCGAUGAUGGCCCUCGUGAUGGAACCUAUAAGCAAAUGGACACCUAAGCAAGUGCUGGAUUGGAUGAAAGGCCUGGAUGACUGUCUGCAGCAGUACAUUAAAAACUUUGAGAGGGAGAAGAUCACCGGGGAGCAGCUUCUCCACAUCACCCACCAGGAGCUGGAGGAGCUGGGGGUCACCCGCAUCGGACACCAGGAGCUCAUCCUGGAGGCUGUGGACCUACUCUGUGCCCUGAACUACGGUCUGGAGACUGAGAACCUGCGUACCCUAUCCCACAAGCUCAAUGCCUCAGCCAAGAACCUGCAGAACUUCAUCACAGGGAGGCGUCGAGGUGGCCAUUAUGAUGGCCGGGCCUCACGCAGGCUGCCCAACGACUUCCUCACCUCUGUGGUGGACCUCAUCGGAGCAGCCAAGAACCUGCUGGCCUGGCUGGACAGAUCCCCAUUUGUCAGUGUGACAGAGUACUCCUUACUGAAGAACAAUAUUGUUCAACUGUGCCUGGAGUUAACCACCAUAGUACAGCAGGACUGCACGGUGUAUGAAACAGAAAACAAAAUUCUUCAUGUGUGUAAAACAUUGUCUGGGAUCUGUGACCACAUCAUCUCGCUGUCCUCUGAUUCGCUGGUGUCCCAGUCGGCCCAUCUGGAGGUGGUGCACCUGACCAAUAUCAUGCCCAGCGAAGGCCUGGGAAUGUACAUCAAAUCUACAUACGACGGCCUUCAUGUCAUCACUGGGACCACUGAGAACUCUCCAGCUGACCAGUGCAAGAAGAUCCAUGCGGGAGACGAGGUUAUUCAGGUCAAUCACCAAACUGUGGUGGGCUGGCAGCUGAAGAACCUGGUGAAUGCCCUGAGAGAAGACCCCAAUGGAGUCAUCCUCACCCUGAAGAAGAGACCUCAGAACACUCUCACGUCUGCCCCUGCCCUGCUCAAGAAUGUACGAUGGAAACCCCUUGCACUCCAGCCCAUCCCCACCAGUCCCAACAGUGAGUCCAACACCCCGCCCAACAGCAUGGGGACCAUGGGGAUGUCCUCUACGCUGGACAGUGGCCAUGACGUCUUCAUCCUGUCCCCAGUCUCUGGCCUCUAUGGACACAGAGACGAGAUAGGCAUCAUGUCCUGCGACGACAUCAGCAAAUACAGCAUGGAGAAGAUGGGUAUGAAGGGCUCGGAGUCUCCCAGCUUCUACCUGGACCACGAUGGGGGCAAGUACUUCACGUUGGUGGAGGAGGAUUGUCUGGCCCUGGGGCAGGAGUACGAGACUAGGGGUCGCUCCACCGGGGUCAGGCGGAGGGACAGGACACCCACCCAUGGUGACCUCAGGCCAGUUUCCAUGCCAACGGAUUACAACUGGAUGGCAGAGACAAAGGAGCCAAAUAUGUACAAGAGAGGUAGCAGAGACUCAGACAACUCCCUGCUACGUUACCUGAGUGACGACAAGAUCCUGGUGAUCCAGGAGGAGCCAGAUGUUUCCAGGGAAUGCAAGCGGGACACUGGGCGGCGUUCCCGCAAGAAGAGCCACAACCCCAGCAGCCCCAGCUAUCCCAUCAGCCCAUCCAUGCUGGCCCCGCCCAUCAGACUGGACUCAGGACCCCCAGAGGGCCUGUCCUUCUCACUGCCUGAGAGCAACACUGUGCCAAUGUACCACAGAGCUGGAGACACACUGAGAGCUGACACGGACAGGUAUGCUAGUUUUGGCAUCGAAAGACAAGGAGGCUCAUCCAUGAGGAAGUCAUUUCACUAUGCGUCUUUAAGGACUAAGACCAAAAAGAGAACCAAAGGUUCUCUGACUAGCGCUAGCCGCAGGCGUAUCUCCUGUAAGGACCUGGGCCAUGGGGACUGUGAGGGCUGGCUGUGGAAGAAGAAGGAUGCCAAGGGCUACUUCACCCAGAAGUGGAAGAAGUACUGGUUCAUCCUCAAGGACUCCUCGCUCUACUGGUACACCAACCAGAAUGACGAGAAGGCUGAAGGUUUCAUCAGCCUACCUGAGUUCCGAAUAGAUAGAGCAAUUGAAUGCAGAAGGAAACACGCCUUCAAAGCCUGCCAUCCCAAAAUCAAGAGUUUCUUUUUCGCCACAGACUGUUUGGAGGAGAUGAACAGAUGGAUGAACCGGCUGGGGCUGGCGGCGAUUGGCUACACACCUGACGAUAAGGUUCCACGGCCCGAUGAAGAUUAUUGGAGUGAGAGUGACCAGGAUGAGAUGGAUGGUUCUAUGACUCUGAAACAAGAGGGCAUGUCAUCUCGCUGUGACACCUACCACCGCACCCCAUCUGUGAACUCCUCCAGUCCGUUCCCUGAGCGCCACUUCUCCAGUGAGUCCACGUACUCCCACUCCUCAGCUGAGGACUCCCGUCCGGACGUCCCUGGGAGCACCCAGUCCUCCGGCUGCCGCCCCACCCUCCGCCCCACCCUUCGUGACACCCAACGCCGCUCCUGGCAGGACCUGAUUGAGACACCUCUCACCAGCUCGGGUCUCCACUUUCUGCAGACCGUGCCGGGGGAGGGUGACAGGGGUGACGGGGGCUACGGCAGCGGCCACAUGGGAAUGGGUCAGCUGCUUAUGUCCCCUGAGCACCGACGCCAGGCCACACUGCCCACACAGAGACGUCGACAACCUGACAGAGAUGGGCCCUUCCCAUUGGUGGACAUAGAGGAGCGCGAGCAGCGCCUUCACUGUGCCCACAAGCAGCGCAGCCAGAGCCUGCCCCGGAACAGGGACGUGCAGGGCACCAAGGGAAGCCUGCACUCAGCAGGACCCUCAGAGGAGAGGAGUGAAGAUGACGAGGUGCCAUUCAGAAAGCACAACUCCAAGAAACACCAAGAUUCUCAGUCUAAAGAGCGAGGUCAUGAUCAUGAGGGAGUGGAUGGCUUCCAGGAGCUGUAUCGCUCCAUAGAGCGGGCCAGCCUGUCUGCCCUGGGGGAGCAGAGGCCCUCCACUAAACAGGAUUUCAGACGCUCCUUUGUCAAGCGCUGCAACGAUCCUGUCAUCAACGACAAGCUGCACCGCAUUCGUGCCCUGCGCAGCACACUCAAGGCCAAAGAGGGUGAUCUGGCCAUUAUCAGCCAAGUGCUGGAUGACUCCGGUCUAAACUCCCAGAAGUUCCAACAGUGGAAGCAGCAGCACCAUGAGCUGUUUGUGGACAUCUGUGAGUUCAGCUCCGUCCCGACAGAGCCCCACCCCGAGGGAUCCGACCUCUCACCCCUGUCCCCACCACUGAUGAUGCACACCCACUCCUUCAUCGAAACUCACGUUUGAGACACGAGUACUCAGAGACAGAGUAACAAGGAGACACUGUGGAAUCAUGCCAUUAUCUCUUCCCCCGCAAUCGUUUAUGCAGCCAGGGUCUACCAUCACCAUUCCCUUCAAACUAACUGACAAACCAAUCACUGUAAUAUGUGUACAUACUGCACUGAGGUCAAACAUAAGAGUAACUGUUGGUGUAUAUACUGUAUAUUGGAUAAAAUAAGGCCCCCACGGGGUGCCAUUCUGCAUGCCUGAAGAGAAACUAUCAUUCAUUAUCUUUAAAACAGAAAAUGCAACAAAUGAUAGAUUGAAAGAGAACUUAACAACAACAGGUUGUAACUGUUUUUGGCUGAUGCAAAUGCAUUUUUUUUCUUCUAUUGUAUUUUUUCUUAUUUCAUUGCUUGCUUAAGAGGAAGGGAGUUUAGUUUUUAUUUCCUUUUUAUUUCCCCUUUAAUGCUGCUUUAAGAGAGAGCUAUGUCGCGACUGGCUAAUAGGCAUCAUUCUGAUUACAACAAUGCACCCCCUACUGGGGCACCAUGGUACUGUGUGACCCUGAAACCCACGGAAAGAAGGACCCAAUCUGUUUAAAAGUAUGUACUGUAUGUAUGUAUAAGUGUGGAGAGAAGAUGGGUGUGUGUGAGAGAGAGAGAUGGAGGUAUUUGGCCUUUUAGUGUAUGAGGCUCAGUAGGGUUUUAUAAUGCAUUUCUGUUGUAUGUACGGAUGUUGCAUGUUUAACAUGUAUGUAUAAUUAUGUAGAUUUUGUUUGAAAUUUAAACAAAGUAGUUUAGCCAAACACAGAUCACCGGAAUGAAACUUUUACAUUUAUUGAUAUAUCUUUGUAGCUAUUAUGAUUUUGGCCAUCAUUAUAGAAUUUGUUGGUGAAAUUGAUUUUUUAAAUCAAACAUCUGCAUGGUAAUAAACAUGUACACGUGGCCAUUGGGGUUGAGAAAUGUGUUAAAGAAAAAUAUUAUAUUGUUUGCAUAGCAGCACCCUCUAUUUAAAACUGUGAACUAUAUACUUGUGAAUGCAAUCUUUAGAUUCUGUGACCACAGAAUCUUUUUACUUAUAUUUUUCUUAGAAAAAUGAUAUAAAAUACAAAAAGCAUUGAGUCUCCUGAAUGACUGUUUUUGCUUCACUCCAGCUGUUACAGAAAUGACCUCCUGAUCUUCAGGGUUGAUUCAGGUCCUGAGUUCUGCUCAUGUAUUCUGUUCCCUUUCUGUGUCUCUGUUGAUUUUAUAUGUGAAUGUACUGGUUUAUUUUAAAAAGGAUCCCGGAAAUUGUCAACGUAUAUGUAUCUGCUUAAGUUGUUUAUUUCUACUGAGAAGUAGUACUGUAGUACUUCAAUGUGACUGCAUUCUAUCUGCGCAAAAUACAUGAUCAACAACUCAUAACACAUUUUUUAAUGUUUGACACACUUGGUUGUUUCUUUUCUAGGCCUAUUUACUUGACUUUCUUUUACUUGUUUCUAUUUUACUUCUAUCAAAUUUCAAUGAUAAUGUUUUUCUUUGCGCCGCUUAAUACUUGUACCCUAUUCCUGGCAGGAUAUUGACAUUGCUUCAAUUCACCUGCAAUUAUCAUCCAGUGUUGUGUCCUGGUACUUAAAAUGCUUUUUAGGUGUCAGUACAUUUGUUAUACAGUAUAACUACACUGGCCCGGCUACAUGUCAUAAUAGACAUACUACUAACACUUCUAAAAUGUCCGCAGUUGUUGCUCUAAAUUCUCAAAUUUUAUGAAGAGCAGUACAUGUAUUGUAGAAUGUAUUUCAUUUAACCAGAAUGUAAUUGUUCUCACAAUGUUUUAAAACAUUGUACAUGAAAUCUGUCCAAUCUGUCCAGGGUUCCACUGUGUUAUUUUGGAGGUGUGCACCUCAUAGUACAACUGCGCAGGUGUGUAGCUAAGAUGUAAGUUGCACUGCGACAUUAAAAAAGGAACAUAUUGCUCUUUUUUGGAAGUAUAUUAUUAUCUGUUUAUCUGUACAUUAAACUUAUAAAAACAUUGUUCUUGAGAAAGAGAAAUACAUUUAUUCUUCCUAUGAAUCAAAAGUAGCUUUUGUUU